GUGAGAUACAAACUGAGAGCCUGGAGCUAAUGAUGAAGUUGCUGGAGCCAGAUUCCCAAAGAUGAUACAUGAUACGAAGUUGCUGCGUCUUGCUAAAUGUUUUUGCCUGUUAACCGAUUCUUUGCUUCACAACCAUGUCAAUCAACUGACAAACUUUUCUACCUUGUCUGCACUUUGGUUCAGAAACAGAACUCGUGGAAAAGUUAAAAGAAAAAAGCUGCCUAUUGAUGAAGAAUACGUAGAUGCAUCAACUUUUUUUGGUUUAGAUACUGCUCCUGAAGAAUUGCAGAGGGAAAAUGAAGUUUCAAAUUCAUUUUUAGAUUCCGAUCAAACUGACAGCUCUUUCGCUUCAGACAAAGAAAUUUCUGAUUUCGAGUAUCCUGAUGAAGAUAAACUAAAAUAUGCUCAACACAAUGUUUGGCAACCUGAACCAACUUUCACUACAAGCAGUAACCAAAAAAAUAAUCACAACCAAAAAAUUAAUAAUCCCUUUUUGGAUUUUGAAAAGUCAAAUUUAAAUUCACAGAAAAAUCAGGUUUUUAAGAGAAAAAAUCAAAAUUUAUCAAAUUUAGAUCUACCAGAAUCAGAAAGCAAUUUCGAACACAAUAACUUCACAUCACAACAAAAUAAUUAUAAUUUUUUCAAUGAAAAAAGUGAAAAAUCUUUAAAUUCUCAGUAUUCUAAUCAAAAUCACCCUUUUCCAAAUCACUCUACUUUUACUCACGACAAUCGAACUUCCGGAAACAGAUAUAAUAACUCUCAGGACCAUAAUCGUUGGCAAUUUACUCCCAAGGAUUAUUCAUCUGACACAACUUCUAUGAGAAAAGGGAUAGAUCAAUUAAAGCCUUUCAAAUUGUUGCAUCCUUUUUUCAAUCCUAUAAUUAAUGCAUUUCAAAAUAUCUAUCUUCAGAACUUUUUACAAACCCAAUUUUACAUCCUUGACAAUCGGGAAAAAUUUUUUUUACCUUUUUACCCUUCAUUUAUCAACAAUCACAGAUUUUUUUUACGGGAAACCAUAGAAAAUUUUUACAACUCCAACUUGAUUUCUAAAAAUAGUAUUUUUUUGAGUCCUGUUUUUCAAAAUUUUCAUAGCUUUUCAAAUCUUUUUGCCUAUAAAAGCGAAGCUCGAUAUUUAACUGAAAAAUAUAAACAUAUCAGGUAUCCCGUCAUUCCCGUAUUUCAUACAGGUUUUUACUUUAAACUGCACGAUCAAUAUCUAGACUGGCUAUACAAUUAUACUAAUUUUGUUUAUUCUCGUAUUUCCACAUUUACCAACACUAAUUUAUUCGAUGUUUAUAAAUUUGACUUGCUGAACGAAACUGUAUCCAAUAGUCAUUCAAUACAAGAGGACGAUGCCAGUCUAAAUAGUCCUUUUAAAGAAAUCUCAGGUCCAACUCAAGCGGAAAUUGAAAACUAUUUCAUUCAUUAUAACCCUCAUUCGAAUCAGGAACAAUCCCCUGAAGACCAAAAUUUCUUAAACAAAUCCGAACUAACAAAGGAAGAAUCGGCUUUUUUUUCAUCGUUUGAUAACUUAAUCUCUGGAAUUGAUUCAAAUCCACUGAUGGAGUAUUCUGCUGUUUUUCAUAUAAAUGACGAUAUUGAGUAUGCAGUUGAUCUUUUUUUUUGGUUGCACAAAGGUUCAAACACUACAGAGAAUGAUUUGAACAAUCUUUAUGAUGCUUUGACUCCAUUUUUUGGAAUUUAUAAAGAAAUUCAUUAUUUGGAGUACAAAUUUAUACUUAGUUUAUGCUAUGUUUUGAGAAAACAUAUCAGGCCAUAUGAAUAUAAUAGUUUUUUGUCCUUUUUAAAUAACACCUUGAACAAUUACUUAAAUCAUCAUAAGGUCAAAUCAAAUGAACAUACUCAAGAUAAAAUAAAUUCCGAAGUCUUUUUUAACAUUCACCAAGUUUUAAUAAACCAGUUAUUGUUGGUUUUAAAGAAUAACAUUGUGGAUGGAAGCUUAAUUUAUAGUUUCAGUAAAUUCAGAAAAUCCAACCAAUUUUUUAUCAAUAAAACAAAUAAAGUAAAUGAUGAAAGAAUGAAAUAUGGUAUAACACCUAUCAAAUUCCACAUACGUCAACGGGCAUAUUACAAUGCCGUUGCUGACAUACGAAGCAGUCUUUUGAAUAUAAUUACAGGAACAAUCAAAACAAUCAACAAGAAUGAUUCUGAAUCGGACUAUGAUGAAAAUAAUAAAAUCUAUUCCAGAAGAUCUGAAUUUAAAUCAAUUUUGGAUUUCAGUCCAACAGUACUAAAUAAUCUAUUUCAAUUCUUCAUAAACUGUAACUUUUUAUUAGAUGCUAAAUAUAUUUUAAAUAUUAUAGUAUUUGAGAAAAGAAUGAUUCCAUCAAUAUUGUCAAUUGAAGACUAUUUAACUAAAACAAUGGAAAAAAGCUUUAGAGAAGAAAUAACGAUGAAAAAACAAUUUGAAAUUUUUGAAAGAAACAGAAUUCUAGGUGAUUAUUACUUUCCAUUAAAUAAUUUUUUUAAAAAUGAAAAGUCAAUUAUUUCGAUUGAAAUUUUAAGAAAUCUUAUUGAGUUUUGUUCUUGUACAGCCGAGUUAUUUCAUUUAAUUGAUUUGAUUCGAGUAAAAACUAAAAAUAAAAAGAUAAUCAACACAGAUUCUAUAUCGUCUAACGAAGAAGGAUUUCAAGAAUUGUCAAAUUUACUCGUACAAAAUGAAGAAAACAAUUUAAGUGAAGAUGUGUAUUGCGACAAUCAUGAAAUAUUUGAUUUGUUGUAUCGCGAUAUAUUUGUUAAACUUGAUAAGUUAUACUUUCUUGGGAAGAAUCAACAUAGAAGUAGUUUAUUGGUUCAAAGUGAGAUAAAUGAAAUGCUUUAUGAGAUUGAGAAAAAAUCUAGAAUAUCUGUAAAGGAAAAUAUUGAUAGUCUAUUAGUAAGGCAGUUUAUUGUUUGUAAUAAUUAUCGAGUUAUAACCAAUUAUAUCGAACAUGGAUCAUUUGUGAGAACGCCAUUUUUGAAAAGAAAAACAAAAGCAGAAGAAAAAGAAAAAGAAGAAGAAGGAGAAGGAGAAGGAAAAGAUAAUAAUGCAGAAGUAAAGGAAAUGGAUGAUGAAAUGGAUAUAACUAAUGAAGUGAGGAAAGCUAUUGAAAAUAAAGAGGUGUAUUCUUCAAAAGUUUUAAAAGAAGAGUCAAAGAAAAGUAGUGUUGUAAAAGAAAAUGAAUUUGAUGAUUUAAUUAGAGGUGAAAUGAAAAAUGUUAUAAUGAAAGAUUGUUUUGAAUGCAAUGAAUUGCUAAUUCCUAUAGUGAAUGAAAAAACGAAACAUAAACAGCUUGAUAAUUUUGUGAACAUAAAAAGGAGACUUAAUAAAUUUAAUGGAAUUUUAAGCAGAUUAAAUAAAGUGAUGGUAGUAUCGGAUUAUGUUAAGAAAUAUAAGUUUGAAAGACAGAAAAAAGCCGAAAAGGUGUUUGAUAGCGAAGACGAUUCAUUAUCGAAUGUUGAAAAGUUUGUGCUAGAAAAUCCCAAGAAUUUUGACAAACUGGUUUUAAAUGAAUCGUAUCGAAAAUUGGUUGCUGAUGAAGAUAAGCGGAAAAGUCUGGUUGAAGCGAAAAAUAUUGAAAAGGAAUAUGCAGAAAGAUUGAAAAGAUUUAAAAAGGAAGAAAAUGAUAAAGAAAAGCAAAAGAAUGCUCUAAAUGAAAAUGAAAAUGAAGAUGAAUACAAAAAGCCAAUAACUGAGAAAGAAGAUUGGGAAGUCCAGUAUGUAGGUGAUAAGCAAGAAAUUGAAAUUCCUGGAGAGGAUAUUUUCAACAAAACCCAAAAAAUCGAAAACGGAGAUGAAUUAGAUCAAUACAGAAAUCAGUUUGAGAAAUAUCUGAAUAUGGAUAACAACGAAAUGGGAAAAGAAGAACUUGACCUGAACGAAAUCCAAGAAGGAUCGAACAAAAGAUUGGAUGAGGUAUUGAAAUUCAAAAACGAGCCAUUGCAAUUGAAACAGGAAUUGAGAGGAUUCUAUUCAAUUAGAGAGAUAUUCAGUAAAAAAGAGGAAACGUUUCUUAAGUACUAUUGGAUCAAAUUAGAGAAGUUUAGAGAAGAGAUCGAUGAAUUGAAAUACAGGAAACUCAACAUGGAUGUAUAUCAGAUCAACAGAUUAGAAAGACUCAUCGAUGAAUAUAUGAGCCGAUACGAAGCGUUGCAGGAGAUAUUUAGGGAGUAUUUGUAUUCAUACUAUGACAGGAAGGAUGAGAUGUUGGCCAGGCUCCGAGACGAGUUUGCUCCAGACAGAGAUCUCGAAAUAACGAAGCUCAAGAAAAAUCUCAGUUCUUCGACCUACCAAGACAUACCCAGAAGGAUACGGAGCGACAUGGAAAUCAACGCAAAGGUGAGCAACUUGAAGGAGAUCGAGCCGGUGAGCGAGACGAAGCGCGUAAAGUUUGUGGUCGACUCGAAGGGAACGUUGCUCCGGAGCAGCACCGCCACUGGAGGAGCUGCCGAAGACGUCCACUUCCUCAAAAGCGACGACUGAGCCUGGAGAAGCACCGCAAGCCUUAAAUACGUAA